AUGAGGGAGGUGUCUUGUCGCUUCAAGCUGCCCCCUGGCACUUACUGCAUUGUGCCAUCCACCUUUGAGCCUAAUGAAGAAGGAGAGUUCAUUUUGAGAGUCUUCUCUGAAAAAGCCAAUGAAAUGGAGUAUGUGGCCAGCUGUGCUAUGCCUAACCUGGGGUGUAAUACAAUGCUCCACAAGACUGUUCCUUUCCACCAGGUGGCAAUGAGGCUAGGACCAGUGUCUUGCCAGGGUGUAGCGCUGCACCACACAGAGGACAUCCGUUGCCCCAUACACGCCACACCCUUUCUCCACAACUCUCCUGACCCCAAUGUGGUGGAGGCACGCUGUGACAAUGGUCUGGUGCGUGGUCAUGCUUACUCCAUCACUCGCAUCAAGUAUUGUGACAUCCAGACUCCAAGGGUGUCAGGCAAGAUCCCUCUGGUGCGCAUCCGUAACCCUUGGGGCAAUGAAGCAGAGUGGGUUGGCCCCUGGAGUGACAAGAGUCAAGAAUGGCAGUUCAUUCCUCCUGAGGAGAAAGAAGAGAUGGGUCUCACCUUUAAACAUGAUGGGGAGUUUUGGAUGUCUUUCAAGGACUUCUUGACCAACUUCACCAUGCUGGAGAUGACCAACCUCAACCCAGACUCCCUGGAGGACGAGGACAUCAUCGGCUCCGUGCAGCACAAGUGGGAGAUGAGUGGGUUUGAGGGAGCCUGGAUCAGGGGCUCCUCAUCUGGCGGAUGUAGGAAUUUCCUUGAUACAUUCUGGCACAAUCCUCAGUACAGAAUCACUUUGACUGAGGUUGAUGAUGAUGAUGACAACAAGUGUACAGUGAUUGUGGCACUGAUGCAGAAGAAUCGCCGUUCACAGAGGAAGCUUGGCUUAGAGUGCCUUACUAUUGGCUUUGCAAUUUAUUAUUUACGAGACCCAGAUGGUGUUCCUCGGCCUUUAGAUCUGAACUUCUUCAAGUAUUCUGCCUCAGUGGCUCGUUCCCCAUCCUUCAUCAACAUGAGGGAGGUGUCUUGUCGCUUCAAGCUGCCCCCUGGCACUUACUGCAUUGUGCCAUCCACCUUUGAGCCUAAUGAAGAAGGAGAGUUCAUUUUGAGAGUCUUCUCUGAAAAAGCCAAUGAAAUGGAGAAAAGCGUACCAGCCAGCCUGCCCACCACACCCAAGUCAACAACCAAUCUGUCGUCACUGCAGAAAAACACAAUCAACAUGACCCGUUCUCCCCUAAGACUCAAAGGGUUCUCAAUGCAACACUGCUGAUUUCAAGAUACUGACAAGAACUGACUGUCACCUUGCUAUGUCCAACAGGAAAAGCGUACCAGCCAGCCUGCCCACCACACCCAAGUCAACAACCACUCUGUCGUCACUGCAGAGAAACACAAUCAACAUGACCCGUUCUCCCCUGAGAGGUGAACCAGGCCAACACAAGACAGAUGGGAUGCAAGAACACUGUUGACACAUCAAUACUUCAUACAAGGCAAUAAAGCGGCUACCACCACCAUGACCACCAUGACCACCACCACCACCAUGACCACCGCCACCACCACCACCACCACCACCACCACCACCACCACCACCACCACCACCACAGCACUCAGCGUGGCACAGAAGGAACAGAGCCAGGCGGAAAACAAGGACUAAGAUACACUGCCACUUCCAAAUAAGGCUACCACCACCAUGACCACCAUGACCACCACCACCACCAUGACCACCGCCACCACCACCACCACCCACCACCACCACCACCACCACCACCACCACCACCACCACCACCACCACCACAGCACUCAGCGUGGCACAGAAGGAACAGAGCCAGGCGGAAAACAAGGACUAAGAUCCACUGCCACUUCCAAAUAAGAGUGUGUAUGACAGCCUGUGUGGUGACAUGGUGGUAUCUGUGGCUGACUGUGGCAGGCAUGGAGGUCUGGGGAGGAGAGGAUGGGGAAAGAGGAAGAGAGGAGAGGUCCCUUCAGCAAAUCCCUUUAGGAACCUCAGGAUUUCCCUUACCUGUGGAUAUUGACCCCAUUCCUUCAGGUCCCCACGUCACUAUGCCCCACAUCAGUUUCCGAGACAUGGGUAACCUAGUCCAACAAGCUGCUGUGGCUGUGAACGAGAGAUUUGAUACUAUUGAACCUGCCAUAUACCAGAGCGGGGCACGGCAGGUCCCCGGCACGCCUGCCUGGUUCAUGGCCGCAUCACACAAGACCAAGGUUGUAGCCAAGAACAUCUCCAGAAUUGCUCUCAUCUCAGAGGAGGCGACCAAAUACACCGCACAACAGUGAGUCUUGACUCCUGGUGCCACCUUACCAUCUCACACCACACUGGGAA